CGGAUGUCCACAGUGACAGGCGAAAGUGAAGAGUAAAGAGCAGCGAGCUGCAGCUGAGAAGUUAAAAGUACAGUUUAAUGUACAACCCAGAGCCGAUAAAAUAAGCGAAAGAAUUCCUGAACAUGACAUCGAUCUCAGGGGACAGUGAUAAGGACAAGGUGCGCUCUGUGUCAGUUGACUUGAACAAUGAUGCAUCUCUCGUCAUCGAUAUCCCUGAUGCCCUCUGUGAACGUGACAAAGUCAAGUUUACUGUUCACACCAAGACCACACUGAGUUCCUUUCAGAAGCCGGAUUUUUCUGUGCCACGACAGCAUGAAGAUUUCAUCUGGCUUCAUGACACAAUCGUGGAGACUGAGGAAUAUGCUGGCCUCAUUAUUCCUCCUGCCCCACCAAAACCUGACUUUGAGGGUCCGCGGGAGAAGAUGCAUAAACUGGGAGAAGGGGAAUCGAGCAUGACAAAGGAGGAAUAUGCUAAAAUGAAGCAGGAACUUGAGGCGGAAUAUCUUGCUGUUUUUAAGAAGACCGUGCAGGUUCAUGAAGUUUUUCUUCAGCGACUUUGCUCCCACCCCAUCUUCAGAAAGGACAGAAACUUCCAGAUAUUCCUGGAAUACGACCAGGAUCUUACCGUGAGAAGGAAAAAUGCCAAGGAAAUGUUUGGUGGGUUUUUUAAGAAUAUGGUAAAGACUGCUGAUGAGGUCCUUAUCUCAGGGGUCAAGGAGGUUGAUGAGUUUUUUGAACAGGAGAAGAUUUUUCUGUUGGAUUAUUCCGGUAAAAUCAAAGAUGCCACUGCUAAGGCUGAGAAAAUGACACGUUCGCACAAAAAUGUUGCUGAUGAUUAUAACCACAUUUCUGGGGCGGUGAACAACAUUGCUGCAGACAACAACACUGCCUUUAAAAAGCACUUAGAAAAAUGUGCUGACGUUUUUGAGAAGCUUAGAAAACUGGAGGACAGGGUGGCAUCAGAUCAGGAGCUCAAGCUGACAGAACUGUUGAGAUACUACACAAGAGACAUCCAGGCUGCUAAGGACCUGUUGUAUAGACGUGCAAGGGCACUUGCCGAUUACGAGAACUCUAAUAAAGCUCUUGACAAGGCUCGUCUGAAGGGUAAGGACAUCCCACAGGCUGAGGAAAACCAGAAGCAGUGUCUGCAGAAGUUCGACAAGCUCUCUGAGUCUGGCAAGAAAGAGCUCACCAGUUUCAAGGCGAGGCGUGUAGUAGCCUUCCGUAAGAACUUGAUCGAGAUGACCGAGCUAGAAAUAAAACAUGCCAAGAACAGCAUGUCCCUUCUGCAAGGCAGCAUUGAGAUCCUCAAGAGCAACUGACCCACACGAUGAGGUCACUGGAUCAUCUUGAGCUUCUUGAAUUGUUACCAACCCAUUAGAGGGGAACCUGAAUGCACCUACAUCAAAAGUCCUAAAUGUGGUUUAGUAACCUUUCUAAAACGUGAAAAAAAGCCACCACCAGCAAUGUCUCUACCAUGUUUACACUUUAUCUAGUUUUUUUAUUCUCUCUGAUGCCCGUUUUUACUGCUGGUAUCUUGCCACCAAACUGAGGGCAGUAAACAUCACCCAAAAUCUCUCUCAUUUAUUUGAAUUAUCAACAACACGUCUGUGUUAGCAUCCCUUUCUUUUUUAAGUAUUCCAAUUUUUUAAGAUUAUGCAGACAGAUAUAAACCACCACAAUGACAAAAGAAGAUAAAGUGCAUAAUUUCAGCGAUUUUUCUAUUGGUUUGAUUAUGACUGCAAUUUUGUACCUUUAAAUGUGAUUAAUCUGCUUUUGCUGUCACACUGGAAAGCUGAUGCAUACUAAUCAUGAACUAUUAUGUAAACCUGACGUGUGAUGACAAACAGAGCAGUAUAAACCUGAGAAGUGUUAUGUGACAUGAAAUACUUCAGAUCUUUCUUUAUAACAUUUUUCUACUCAGUCGAGCUUCAUUCAAAGACACAACACAAAAUGUCACAGUAAUUUACAAUCAAGUUCUAUGUCAAGUUAGCCUUUGCCAGGAUCAAAACCAGCACUUUUUGUAUUGAAUCUGGUUGUUUUUGUUUUAAAUUGUAGAUUGACUCUUAUGUCCUCAUUUGGUGUGUGUGGGUGAAUCGCACAACUCUCAAUUUUCAGUUACUAUUAGUAGUUUGUGGAAGCCAGAAUUUUUUAUGGUAAAGGUUACACAGCCAUAAAUAAGUUGGUGCUUCCAUAUAUGUGUGAGCAAAAAACUAUUUGCUUCUAGUGAGCUGCAUGUUUUCCCUUUUCUAAAGACUGAAGUCGGAUUCUACAAUGCCACCGAUUUACAUUUAAGUUCAUUUAGUUUGAUAGUUGAUCCUUUCACUAUUAAAUAAAAUCAGCAUUCCGUAUUCAAAUGUAUUUUUUUACUUAAAUGUUUUCUCUUGAUGUUGUUACUAACAGGUUAGUCUCGCUACAUUGAAAUUGGACCAAAAUGUGUGUAAGGUUUGGUUUUAUGUAAAACCACAAAAAGAUGUAGCUUGACUGAUUAUGGAGAUUAUGUUUCGUAAAAGCACUAUUACAAUCAUGUCUCAAAAAAGACCAAUUUUAUAAAUGAUUGUAUAGAUGAAAAAAAGUUUUUUCAUAUGGAGUAUCAUCAUUUUUAUGAAAGCUUGCUAUAAUGAAAAUAAAUAUGCCCUGCUUUCCCA